AACGGAAGAAGGGAUGUCCAUCCGGGAGCUGGAGCUCGGUGGGGACGCGCAGGGCGGCCGGAGCAGCAUGGCGGAAGACGAGAGCGACCAGGAAUCGGAGCGGCUGGGCGAGGAGCUCCAGGCCUUGGCCGGGCCACGCCUCCCCUCUGCCAGCAGCCAGCACUACUGCUACCGCUUCUGCCAGGUUGUUGAAGACUAUGCUGGAAGGUGGCAGGUUCCUCUGCCGCAGCUUCAAGUCCUUCAGACAGCUCUCUGUUGUUUCACAUCAGCGUGUGUAUCAUUUCCAGCUGAAUGUGAGCAUGUCCAGUAUGUGUUGAGUAGCCUAGCUUUGAGUUUUUUUGAAUUGCUGCUGUUCUUUGGGAAGGAUGAAUUCUAUGAAGAUCCUUUAAAAGAUAUAUUAGGUUCAAUACAGGAAAGUCAGAACCUCUUGAGCAGAUACGGAAGUGUUUACUUGGAGCUAGUGACUCGAAUUAUCAGAGACGGAGGGCCUUGGGAGGAUCCUGUGUUACAAGAUGUUCUUAAAGGAAAGCCAGUUUCUCAGGAGAUAGUAAACAAAUAUUUAAGCUCUGAAAACCCACUGUUCUUUGAAUUACGUGCCAGAUACCUUAUUGCCUGUGAGCGCAUCCCAGAGGCAAUGGCUCUUAUCAAAGCUUGUAUGAAUCAUCCUGAUAUUAGCAAAGAUCUUUACUUCCAUCAAGCGUAUUUCACAUGUCUUUAUAUGUCAUCGGAGAAAGACCAGCUGUUUCAAGAGCACUUGCUGCGGACCGAUUGCAAGGAUGGGAUUGAAAUCAUCAGCAACAUUGCAAAAGAAGGGAAGACUGCCUUAGCUUUAUAUCUUUGUGAAUUGCUUCUUAUUCCACAGCUCAAAAAAGGAGAGAUGUAUUGCAUCUGGGAAUUGAUCUUUAUUUGGAGCAAACUGCAGCUUAAAUCCAAUCCAUCGAAGCAAGUAUUUGUAGAUCAGUGCUACCAUCGUCUGAGGAUGGCAACAAAUAUAAGAGUUAUUUUUCCUUUCAUGAAAGUCAUUAGGGAUGAGGUUGGCAAGGACGGCCUGCAGAUUUGCGUAGAAAUUUGUGGAAGCGCUCUCCAGCUCGAUCUCCGCAACGACCCCAAAAUGAAGUGCUUGAUAUAUAAAACCAUUGCUCACUUUUUGCCAAACGACUUGGAGAUUGUCCGGAUAUGUGCUCUUUCUGUUUUUUUCCUUGAGCGCACCUUGGAAUCAUAUAGCACUGUCGAACGAUUAUACAAACGUGCAGACGAAGAAUACAGUGAACAAAGCAGUUCUGUUCAGAAUCGUGUACGUUUUGAGUUGCUUCCUAUUUUGAAAAAGGGCUUGUUUUUUGACCCAGAGUUUUGGAAUUUCUUGAUGAUCAAGCAGAACUGUUUAACGCUGCUAAAGGAGAAAGCAUCGGUUGAGUUGAAUGAAAGUACUGGAAAUGCACCAAAGACUCGCCGAGCAUCACCGAGAGGUGAUCAUGCCGGUGUAGCUGAUGUGAACAAUGGAGAAAUGGGCCACGAGGAUCCUUGUGGAGUACAACAUAAAUGUCACGGUGAUUCAAAGAAGAAUAAUCUCAUCCUUGGUUCAUCUAAAAUGGAUCACAAUGUGCCCAGGCACCGCUGUGUGCUAUGUAAUAAGGAAUUUCUUGGCGGCCAUAUUGUGAGGCAUGCUCAGGCUCAUCAAAAAAAGGGAGGUUUUUCAUGUGUCAUGUGUCGCAGGAGGUUCCGGCAAAAAGGAGCAAUGCUUAAGCACUUGAGAAAUCACAUCAAGAAGCUGACGAGGCAUCAACUUGCAGAACCUUGUCAGGAUCAGGAAAACGCUGAUGGAAUGGAAAUGAACUCUUCUGAUGCAGAGGUUUCUCCUGAAAAUGGGGCUUUAGAUACCUCUGAAGAAAACACUGUACAAGCAGAGAAUCCAUCUAUUUCGGAUCAGGAGAUGCAGAAUUCAGAACUUACACUGGAUGUAUCCGAAAGCGACGUGAGUUACCUGGAUAAUGCUGUUGAAAACUGCAAUUGUGAUACCUGUUCAAAUACUCCUGAUCCCGAAACUAUGAAAGGAUUGCCAGAAAGUGACAGCAUCGCAAACCAAGAUUUCCCCGUACUCCCUAAAGUAAAUGGCGCAUUGUGCUCUCAGAAUGAUUUGGACAUGAUGGACCAAGAAGGCAACUUCAAGUGUCCUGGGAAUGGAUGCAUUCGGGUUUUCAAGAAGAUCCGUUUUUUGAACAAACAUGCAAGAAAAGCGCAUCCCACCGACCUGAAAGUGCAAGAGCACAUACUGAAGUGGAAUAAGGGGAAAUGUCGGUUUUGUCAGAGAAAAUUCUCAGAUUCUCAGCAUUUUAUUGAUCAUCUAAAACAACACGUUUAUCCAAAUGUAUACUAUUGUUUACAUUUUAACUGUAAUCUGAGAUUUAAGCUGUCCACGGAGCUUGCUGAGCAUAUUAAAAGCCACAGUGAAUUUAAAGCUCAGUGCAACUUUGCAGAGUGUGGUAAGCUUUUUGAUGAUGUCUCGUUGUUAUACGAACACGAGGCUCAACAUUAUUCAGAUAAAAUCAGUGAAAAUCAUUCUGAAGAAAUCCAUGAAAAUCAUUCUUCAGAUACAGUUUCAGAACCCCAUUCUAGCAUCCCAGAACAAGGAAGUAGUAGUAGUAGUAGUAGUAGUAGUAGUAGUAAUGAAAAUCACAUUCUGAUAGACUUAACAGUCCCAACUUGGAAAGCAAGGAAAGAUUCCACAGAACCAAAGACUUACAUCCAGAGCGAGAAAAAGACUCACGCUUUAAUUCAGAAUGGGAAUGAAAGUGUAUGUGAUGGUCCUGCUACAGUUGUAAACUUGAUAGACCAAAUUAUACCUGAAGCAGAGCCCCAUUUGGAGAACUGCACAACUGGUGACCAGUUACUCAAUGGGCAUGGUGAACUGGAGCCGGCUACUUCAACUUCUCUGGAUGCUGAUUUGGAAAAAGUGACUGACGACACAAGGACAGAAAAUGGAUCCGUUGCCCCUGAUUUGCAGAACUGCAAUGAUUUGCAGCUGAACAGUGUUGCUACAGUUUCUCAGUCACCUUCGAAACCAAAUCAGAUCAUGGAAAACACUUCAUACGGCUUAAUUUUGACAAAACCUUACGUUAGACCAUUGCCUCCAAGUUAUCUUGAUGAACGAUACAUUAGCAUGCCAAAACGAAGAAAAAUGUUGACUGAGAAAGUAGAUGUCCGCUCAGAGCAUGAUAAAACUGCCAUCAAAUCAGAGAGAUUUCGAUGCAAACAAUGCCUGACCACCUACUGUAACUCAGAAGCACUUCAGCUUCACCUUGCACAAAAGAAGUGUCGGACACUCUUUGGAUUCGAUUCAGAUGAUGAAAGUGCCUGAUCAAAUGUUGUCAGAAGUCUUCUCAGUUUGAGGAGUGCUGUGAUGGAACACUACAAUAUUCUGCAUCAGUUUGCUUUUCCCUCGUUGGCCUUAAUUUUAAAGAAUUCCGAAAUUACUAAAGAAAAUGAUGACCUUGCUCAGGUCAAAGCACACUUGGGUCAGAAAUAAAUGCUAGUAGGAACUGUGGAGAAUUUGAAUCCAGAAAAACUGUGUUAAAACCCCCAAAGUACCAGUUAUCUAGAAGCCACAAGGCCCACAUGAAAUCCCACUGAAAUAAAUGCAGAGUGCAGGAGCAGUACUGAACAAUU